AUGGGAUCACUGGUGACCACCAAGCUCCUCGCGUUCAAUCUCGUGCUGAUACUCUGCCAGGCUUAUUCGAAGUCCUCGAAUUCGGAGCUCGCCGAGAUCCUUCGCCGACCGAUCAGGGCUCUGACGUUUCCGGAGGAGAGCACCAGUGGCCUGUUCUUCGCGUUGGCGGUGCCGCUGGAGGAUCCAUACAAAUCGAUUUCUCUGGCGAACUUCUUCGAGGCCACUUACACGCUGCCGACGAACGCUAGCGACGAGCUUCCCUGGACGGAAAUUGAACGGGCGAGGAGGAAAAGGAGGAGCCUGGACCGGGCCACCGUUUAUCAGGCUGUGGCGAACAAGUUUAUCAGCUACGGUUAUCAGGGUCACGAGUGUCUGCUGAGGGCAAUUUGCGAAACUUCGGAGCAUUCCCUGAGACAUAACGGGCUCAUCGGUGACAUUCUGCACGUGAUCUUCACACCGACGAGCUCGCGACACGAGGAACUGCCGCAGGACAUUCUUCAAGCUGAAGUGGCCGGACGUAAUGGAGGCUGCUCGAAGUACCAACCGCAAUGCCCCGUGGGACUCUUCGACUUGAUUGGAGUCCUCGGCUGA